AUGAAUUACGGAUUAGUUAUCGUGUGUGCAUUACUUGUGUGCGUUAAUCUUAAUGAAGGGAAGGACUUCACAUUCGGUUCGAGAGCGAACAAUUUGUUAAUAUCCACAAAUAAAGUUAAAUACAGAAGUCUACCGCUUAUUAGAAGGGACAAGGAUUAUGCUUACAAAGAUCCCAAGGAAAGAAUUAUCAAGGGUAUCAUCGCUCGAGAUCUGUCACGAACAGACACGGAGGUGACUAUCACUGAAGGUGGAAUUGGCGCAUCCAACGUCACACUGCACUUUCAAAGUGGAAGAGGGCAGGAGCUCAAUUAUCUCGUACUGAUAUUUAGCAAUAGUAGGGAUAUUAAUUAUAAUUUUUGA